ACAGUGCCGGGCGGAGUCGGACCGCCUGAUAGAAUCAACGUGGGGAGAGCGGCACAGAGCGCUGCUGUGAGACGGAGCAGUCAGCCUGUGUGUGAUGUACAACAAUGGCUGUCAGUAGUACUAUGUAACGCGUGUGCCUGGCUGCAGUGCGUGUGAGCGGUCACUGAGGCUUAUGUCUGUGGGGUGUACAGGAGGGGUACGCCGCUGCCUGACACCCGGUAACAGAGAGUAGUGGGACAGUGAGGAGCAUCUAUCACUCAUGGAUCCCCCCUGCCGGCUGCAGUGAGCGGCUAAGUGACGGGAUUACCCCCUUGCAGCAGCAGCAGCAGCGCAUCACUGCAGAGCCCGGGUCACAGCGCCGCCCGGGCACAUGACGGUCCGCAGCGAGAGUUACCGCUAUGUCUGUCAGCGGCACAGAGGGCGACAUCCCGAGGUUCUUUGUGGGCUGUGAGGAGUCUGAGGACGGGCUGGACCCCAGCAAGGUGGAACAUUUGGAAAAUCUGUUCGACAACAUUGAUGAAGACGAAGAUGAUGAUGAUGAAGAAUAUGACUCUCCACCAGAAAGGCAAAUUGUGGUGGGAAUUUGCGCUAUGGCCAAAAAAUCCAAAUCCAAACCCAUGAACGAAAUAUUGGAGCGUCUGUCCUUAUUCAAGUACAUUACUGUAGUAAUAAUUGAAGAAGAUGUCAUAUUGAAUGAAUCUGUGGAAAACUGGCCACUGUGUGAUUGCCUCAUAUCCUUCCACUCCAAAGGAUUUCCAUUGGAUAAAGCCGUUGCCUAUGCAAAACUCAGGAGUCCGUUUGUUAUUAAUGACUUAAAUCUACAAUACCAAAUUCAAGACAGAAGAGAAGUAUACAGGAUCCUUAAAGAUGAAGGCAUUUUGCUUCCUAGAUAUGCGGUUCUAAACCGUGAUCCAAACAAACCUGAUGAAUGUAAUUUAAUAGAAGGUGAAGAUCAUGUUGAGGUGAAUGGCGAGAUUUUCCAAAAACCCUUUGUAGAGAAGCCAGUCAGUGCUGAGGACCAUAAUGUUUACAUAUAUUACCCAACAUCUGCUGGAGGUGGGAGCCAAAGACUUUUCCGAAAGAUUGGCAGUCGUAGCAGUGUGUAUUCCCCUGAAAGCAGUGUGAGGAAAACUGGUGCAUAUAUUUAUGAGGAGUUUAUGCCCACUGACGGCACUGAUGUCAAGGUUUACACUGUGGGGCCAGACUAUGCCCACGCUGAAGCUCGGAAGUCUCCCGCGCUGGAUGGCAAGGUAGAAAGAGACAGUGAAGGGAAAGAAGUUCGGUAUCCUGUCAUCUUAAACGCCAGAGAGAAACUAAUAGCCUGGAAAGUGUGCCUCGCCUUCAAGCAAACUGUGUGUGGUUUUGAUUUGCUGCGUGCAAAUGGCCAGUCUUAUGUCUGUGAUGUCAAUGGAUUCAGCUUUGUGAAGAAUUCCAUGAAGUAUUAUGAUGAUUGUGCAAAGAUCCUUGGAAAUAUCAUCAUGCGUGAGCUUGCUCCACAGUUUAACAUCCCCUGGUCUAUACCUCUGGAAGCAGAAGAUAUACCUAUAGUUCCUACAACAUCAGGAACAAUGAUGGAGCUCCGAUGCGUGAUAGCUGUAAUAAGACAUGGUGACCGGACACCAAAGCAGAAGAUGAAAAUGGAAGUAAGGCACCAAAGGUUCUUUGAUCUAUUUGAAAAAUGCCACGGCUACAAGACGGGAAAAUUAAAACUGAAGAAACCAAAGCAGUUACAGGAAGUACUGGACAUUGCAAGACAUCUUCUUCUUGAACUUGGACAGAACAAUGAUUCAGAAAUUGAAGAAAGCAAAGCCAAACUUGAGCAACUCAAAACAGUGUUAGAGAUGUAUGGACAUUUUUCUGGCAUAAACCGUAAAGUACAGCUGACAUAUCUCCCACAUGGAUGCCCUAAGACAUCUAGCGAAGAAGAAGACUAUCGGAGAGAUGAGCCAUCAUUACUUUUGGUCCUAAAGUGGGGAGGUGAGCUGACCCCUGCAGGCCGGAUUCAAGCAGAGGAGCUGGGAAGGGCAUUCCGCUGCAUGUAUCCGGGAGGACAAGGAGACUAUGCUGGAUUUCCAGGGUGUGGACUGCUUAGGUUACAUAGUACUUAUCGACAUGACCUUAAAAUCUAUGCAUCGGAUGAAGGGAGAGUCCAGAUGACGGCUGCAGCUUUUGCUAAAGGCUUGUUGGCACUGGAAGGGGAACUGACUCCUAUCCUUGUUCAGAUGGUGAAAAGUGCCAAUAUGAAUGGCCUGCUGGACAGUGACAGCGACUCUUUCAGUAGCUGUCAGCAUCGAGUAAAGGCCAGACUCCAUGAGAUACUUCAGAGGGACCGUGAUUUUAGUGCUGACGACUUUGAGAAGCUCACUCCCACUGGAAGCAUUUCUCAGAUUAAAUCCAUGCAGAUCAUAAAGAAUCCAGUUAAGACUUGUGACAUAGUCUACUUCCUCAUUCAAAGCCUGACGUCCCAAAUCCGAAAGAGAAUGGAGGAGCCAAAAUGUGCGGAUAUUCAUCUUUACCACAGCGAGACCUUGGAGUUGAUGCUACGUAGGUGGUCCAAACUGGAAAAGGAUUUCAAAACAAAGAAUGGCAGAUAUGACAUCAGCAAAAUUCCUGAUAUUUAUGACUGCAUUAAGUAUGAUGUGCAACAUAAUUACUCCCUGAAACUGGAGAACACAAUGGAACUGUACAGGCUUUCCAAGGCACUAGCUGACAUUGUUAUUCCUCAGGAAUACGGAAUAUCCAAAGCUGAAAAACUAGAGAUUGCCAAAGGUUACUGCACUCCUCUUGUUCGAAAGAUUCGUUCUGAUCUACAGAGGACUCAAGAUGACGACACUGUGAAUAAACUUCACCCGCUCUAUUCCCGGGGAGUGAUGUCUCCAGAACGACAUGUGCGCACACGUUUGUACUUUACCAGUGAAAGUCAUGUACACUCGCUGCUGUCCAUCCUUCGGUUCGGGGCACUGUGUGAUGAAACAAAGGAUGAGCAGUGGAAGCGGGCAAUGGACUACUUGAACUUUGUAAAUGAACUGAAUUAUAUGACUCAGAUCGUGAUUAUGCUCUAUGAGGACCCAAACAAGGAUCUGUCAUCAGAGGAACGGUUCCAUGUUGAACUACAUUUCAGCCCAGGGGCUAAAGGUUGUGAAGAGGAUAAAAAUUUGCCUUCAGGAUUUGGGUACAGGCCUGCAUCACGGGAGAGUGAAAGUUCAAAGAAGAAUGUUCAUGGCAAUGACAGUGAUGAAGACUUCGGUGUGUAUAGAAUGAGAGAUGAACCUGACAGAGCCAUGGUGAUGUUUAAACCUAUGGUGUCUGAUCCUAUUCAUAUUCACAGAAAGUCUCCUUUACCCCGUUCCAGAAAGAUAGGCUCUGUAGAGGAAGAGAGCCCCCUGAGUGUGUCUAGCCCAGAGUGUAUCGGUACCUGGAUGCAUUACACCAGUGCUGUGGGUUCUGGGCGUCGAAGACGCAGAUCAGGGGAUCAAAUCACUUCUUCCCCAGUGUCCCCUAAAUCAUUGGCUUUCACAUCCAGUAUUUUUGGCUCAUGGCAACAGGUGCUAUCAGAUAGUAAUAGCCAUCUGAGGGCUGCACGGCUCCUGGAACAGAAGCACAGUGGUUUAGACCCCCACUCACAGAAAAAAGAAACCAGGAAGUUUUCACAUUCUGGGAAGUGUAAAACCAGAAGUCCCUAUUGGAGCUCUCUGCUACGAGGGUCUCACUGCGCGGGUCUGUUUAGUACUACAGUGCUCGGGGCCUCUUCAAGUGCACCUAACCUGCUGGACUAUGCUCGUGUUCAUCGUAAAAAGCUGACUACUUCUGGCUGCAUAGAUGACGCCACUCGCAGCUCUGCUGUAAAAAGGUUUUCUAUCUCAUUUGCCCGACACCCAACAAAUGGGUUUGAGUUGUACUCCAUGGUACCUUCCAUAUGUCCGUUAGAGACUCUCCACAACUCCUUGUCUUUAAAGCAGGUGGAUGAAUUCCUUUCUGCAAUUGCGGCUCCUUCGAAUGACUGCCUUAUGGAUACCCCGACAGCGUCUCCCUCUACUCCUGGAUAUCAUAGUUAUGUUGGCAGGAAAGUGUCAUUAAAUACAUAUUCUCCCACGAAAAUACUUCCAACUCCAUUUUUCCUUGGUACGAGCACUUCCAUAUCUGAUACUGUUGCUCCAGAGAGCAGCAGACCAUCAAGCACCAUCCCUAAAGCUACAGACAGACCUGGCCCCACAAGUUGAGAUGCAAAAACAUUAAGGUGAAAGUGGAGAAACUUCUUCCACAGCAAGAAUCCUGUAUGGAAGCAAAACUAAAUCUGUGUUGCCGAAUAGUUCUGCUAUUUCAUUAUUAGGGAAUUGGUUUUAAGCAACAUUGUAUCUAUAUCAGAGAUAUUUAAAUAUUUUUUUACUAUAUAUCUAUGUACAUACUGACAAAAUAGAUGAAUUUAAGUUUCCAGACCAGGCAUAAGACUAAUGGGCCCUACACACUUGCAGAUAAAACAGAACGAUAUGAACGUUCUCGUUCAUAAAUGAACGAGAACUCCUUCAUAUCGUUCUGUGUGUAGGCCCGCCCUCUCCCUGUCACCGGGUCGGCCGUAUCCGCCAUUGGGCAGCUCGGCGGCGGAUCGGUAUGUGUGCAGGGCCCAUUAGACACCCCUUAUGCAGCAAACUAAUGAGACUGUAAAUAUGAAAAGAUCAAAAUUUUGCUUUUAUUGGUUUCAAAAGUCUAAUCCAUAACUGGCAACCUCCAAUACCAGAACUGUUCCGCUCUCCUUGAAUCCACAGUCUUGAUAAUUAUUUCAUAAAUCAUUUAGUUUCGGCAUCAAGUCACAUGACAAAGGUCGUCCAUCAGCAGAAAGGUCUAUUUUACAUAAUGUGCUGGUGCACAAGCUUUACCAUCACAUGCAGUGGUGGCUAUGUACAGUAUAAAGCUGGUGCACAGGCAAUGCCACAAAAAGGGUGCUGUAAUCCAUAGCAACCAAUUAACGUUACAAAAUAGUCUCCUGGUUACUAUGAUGACAGUGCCUUAAUUUCACAGAUCUCUACACCAGUUUUCUUUGAUUUUGGUUUGUUACGGACCAUCAGCUUACAUGCAUAUCUAAGGCUAUAUUACUACAUCUAUAUCCAGUUCCAAAAAUAUACUGUAGGUUGACAUCUCCUGUUUACUGUCCAACAUAAAAACCCUGUAUUAUGUUUACACAAUCAAGUAAUUCGUUAAAUUACAUCCUAUAAUUAGUCGGCCGCAACCUGCAAUAAGACACAUUACAUUAGCUGGUACACUGCGGCAGGCUUGCAAUAAUGUUCUGAUGAUCUGCUGUACCAAAUUGACUCAAAUAGAAUAUUUAAUACAUUGUUUCAAGGUUACGUAUUGGCAUAUAUUUACUACACUACCUCCAUUUGCAUGGACUAGGUCUAUAUUGGUAUACUAUUUCAGAUUUGUUAGGAUAGUUUAAGGAGCCCAUUUAUAUAGCAGAUGCAUUCUAUAAUUCAUUCCAAUAUUCGUGAUUGCAUGGCUUCUGAAAUGUGAGAAAUAAAAUUCUGCAGAUAGCGAACAUACAUUUACGUUAUACUGUAUAGCGAUUACAUUCCUUGAUAUUGCAGCAGUUUACCAUAACUGAUUGUUGUGGUUCCUGCAGUAUCCAUGUCCUAGAAGAAUAUGGACAUAUUAUCCACACGCCCAUUUAAUAAUGGAUACUGUAAAAUAUGCACAGGUCAAUUUACCUUCUUAUUCAUUUUGGGAUUUACUUUUUGUAUUUAUUUUAUCCUAUCCUCAUGUAAGGUCAAAGAUGAAAUAAAAGUUACAUUUUACGGGGUGCUUACGAAAAUCUGUCAUUUUACUGUGUUUAUAUUGUAGAUUACCUGUUACAUUGCUUGUUUCAGUUUUCAUUAUAUGUAAGUUGUGCUUUUCCAGCAAACCAGCUAGGCAAUAACCAAAUACCUUGUUUACAGGGUAAAUCAAUUUGCCCAAUACGGUUUUUAGGUCACGGUUUUGUUUUACUCUGAUGUUCUGUUUCUACUUAGUUGUAGGAAAUGUUUAAGGACAUUGAAUUCUGUGGAAGAUUAUCUGAGAUCAUACAUAUUCAUAUACUGCAGAUAAGGCUAGGCAUAUAUUGAUUGUAUAAAAGUAUGAAUGUCCAUUUUUGUUUUCAAACGUUUUUUUUCCCCCCUUUAUCUUAAGUGGGGGGUUUUAAUAUGUUUUAAGCAAUGCUAUUAUUUUCUUCUAUAUGUAUGCUCAAAAUAUAAAUUAUUUUGUUA